AUGCCAUCUUCGCAUUCUUUUGAGCUCGACCCAGAGUUCCUGCAAGCAGCGGGACCUGUCUUGGCUGCGUUUUCACAAUUGCCAAAGCCCGCCGUCCACGAUGUCGAGUCCAGACGGCAAGGCUUCGAUGCAGUCCUCCAGCAAGCCGGGCAAAUGAUGCCCAAGCAUGACGUGACUGUCAAGACGCACAAGAUCAAAACGAGGGACGAUGCCGAGAUCGAUGUCAUCCAGGUUUCGCCCAAGCAGAGGAAGGAGAACGGCGCCGCCGUGCUCCACAUCCACGGCGGCGGCAUGAUCUCGGGCUCCGCGCAGAUCUACGUGGAUACGGGCAUCAUCGGCGGCCUUUCGGACGCAAGCGGAGUCGACUUUUUCUCGGUAGACUAUCGACUGGCGCCCGAGCAUAACCUGGACGGCAUCGUAAACGAUUCGUUCGACGCUCUGCAAUGGCUCUCCACCAAUGCCGCAUCCUUGGGCAUCGACAACAAGCGCAUUGGUCUCUUUGGUGACUCGGCUGGAGGCGGAAUCGCUGCAGGCGUGGCGCUUCAGGCUCGCGACAGGCAGUUUUCGCCGCCACUGCAGAAGCAGAUCCUCAUCUACCCGAUGCUGGAUGAUCGCAACCUCGUGCCAGACGAGAGGGUCGUUCCAUUCGCUUUGUGGACAUACGAGUCCAAUGUGACAGGAUGGUCGGCUCUUCUUGGAAAAGGAGUAGCGGGAACGGAUCAAGUCGCCCAACUCGUUCGAUACGCUGCGCCCGCUCGAGUGGAAGAUCUCUCGAAUCUUCCGGAUACGUACAUGGAUGUCGGCCAGCUAGACAUUUUCCUGCUAGAGGAUCUCGACUUCGCCCGACGACUGCACCAGGCGGGGGUGCAAGUGGAUCUGCAAGUCUACAAGGGGCUCCCUCACGCUUGGGAACUGGUCGCACCGCUUGAGUCAACAUCGACGGGCAGGAAAGUCAUGGCCGAGAGGAUCCGAGCUAUUCAGAGCCUCUGA